GAAGUCUUUUGUUUAAAUACAAGAGAAGACUUACAAGAAAACCAGUGAAUUGAACGCGGUAUAUACUUGUGUAUGCCCUCUUUUAUUGUGAAUAUUAUUCUUAAAAAAAAAUUUAGAGAGUUUUUGAUCUGAAAACUCCAGGGAAUAUGAUAUCAUCUCGAGCUGGUGAAGCUAAUGAGCCUGUAGAGAAUUUCAUGGAUGCAAAACCUGUAGUGAUCAAAGAAUUUGACUUCUUUUCUGCUAAUGAUAACUGCGAGCUGCUAAUUCCAAAAGGGUCACCAGAAUUUCGACACCAAGAUGACAAGGUUGCAUCACCACCAUUACUGACUCCAAAGGAGCCCUCCAAUAUUAAUUUGAGUAUGCUACGGGUCAAGCUUGAGCAAGUAAGAGAUGAGAAUCGAAAUCUGAGAAGCUUGUUGGAUCGGGCCACCAAGAAUUACACAGCUCUUCAUGAUCACCUCCUUUCAGUGAUGCAAAAACCAGCCGACGUUAAUCAUUCUUUGCCGAAGGAUGAGAGACAAGAAGUGGGUGGUUCGACCCUACCCGCCCGACAAUCCAAAGACCCGGGGACAUCUACUUCAAUAUUGGAUAUAAAUGAGGCUUUGCAUUCAGAGGACAAGACACAAGAAAGAUUGGCUUCUCCAGAAAACAAUAAUAUGGAAGUAAUGUCGAAGGAAAUGGACCACAGCAUGACUGAUCAGAUUGGCAGGAAACAUGGGUCCUCAAACAAUGAUGAUGAUGUUGAUCAUACAACACAUCGUUGGGGUGCACUAGGACAAAACUUAGAGGAGGAGAAUAGACCUGAUCAACAGGUAUUUUGCAAGAAGGCAAGGGUGUCCAUAAGAGCAAGAUCAGAUGCCCCAUUGAUGAGCGAUGGAUGUCAAUGGAGGAAAUAUGGUCAAAAAAUGGCAAAGGGUAACCCCUGUCCUCGUGCUUACUAUCGUUGCACCAUGGCCACUGGAUGUCCAGUUCGUAAGCAGGUGCAAAGGUGUGCUGAGGACGUGUCCAUCCUCAUAACAACGUAUGAAGGAAACCAUAACCACUCUCUCCCACCAGCAGCCACGGUCAUGGCUAGUACAACAUCAGCAGCAGUGAACAUGCUCCUUUCUGGCUCAACAACAACUAGUAGUAAUGGCAGUCACAAAUAUAACCCAUCAAAUCCAAGCCUCUUCCCAUCAAUGUUACCAAAUUAUGCUAUCUCUCCCACCAUGGCCACCCUCUCUACCUCUUCACCAUAUCCCACAAUCACACUCGACUUAACCCACACCACUCACCACCCCAUGCAACGCCCACCUAAUUUCUCACUUCCCUCCCCACCAACUUUCUUCCCUUUGCCCUUGCAUAAUGGAGUUCCACAACAACAACAACAACUCACAGAGCAUCAUCAUCAUCCCUUGUACAUGUCUUCUAAUAAGCCACCCACCACAUUGGUGGAUACAGUCACUGCAGCUAUUGCCACAGACCGAAACUUCACAACAGCACUAAUGGCAGCUGUUUCAUCGAUCAUGGAUUCAACUCAGAACAAAAAUAAUGCUAGUAAUAUAAGUGGACAGGACACUUGUUCUGAUGAAAUGGCUGUAGUGCCUGUUGCCCCACAACUUCCUGAUCAAUCCUGCACCACUUUUGCCACAAAUUAGUCCUAGCUUGUUUCUAAAUGAAGAAACAAAACAAACUAGUACUGCAAGCACUGGAUUAGUUUUAAACGUGAAUAUUAAUUUGUUUGCCUAGCAAUAAGAAGCUGGUAUGUACAGAAAUGUUUUUCAGUUUUGGUGGCUUGUAUCACUGGGUUGGCAAGCAUAAAUUCCCAUCCAUUCGUGUUGUUGGACAAUGGAAAAAAACGAUGUUAAUUAUAGCUGCAUUUUUUUUAAAACAAUUUUCUUGUC